AUGGGCGUCAGGAUCCUGGGUGACGUCACCGCGGACGACCGCCUGGAAGUGCUGCGGGCGGUCGAUGAGAUCUUCAUCGACACCAUCAGGGAGUUUGGGCUCUACGACCAGAUCUGGCAGGCGUUUGCGGUCUUCCUGCCGAUCAAGUCUGUGGGCGUGCAGGGCGACCAGCGCACGCACUCGCACGUGGUGGGCCUGCGCGCCGUCACCAGCGGGGACGGCAUGACGGCGGACUGGUACCCCUUCAGCCCCGAGUUCCUGCGCACAGUCAGCUCCCGCAUCUGCAACAAGGUGCGGUCUGUGAACCGCGUGGUAUACGACAUCACCUCCAAGCCCCCAGGGACCAUCGAGUGGGAGUAA